UACCCAUAGAACCCAUUUGCAUUAACAUAUCUUGAGGUCAGAGGUCAAGGGACCCCUUUGAAAAUGGCCAUGCCAGUUUUUCCUCGCCAAAAUGUAGAAUAAGUUUGAGCGUUAUUUAGCCUCCUUCAACGGUCACAGAUACUGUCCAGGCAUUGAGCGAUGUUAUAUUUCCAACUGCCCAUCUUUAUACCUUCAACACACAUACAUGAAAUACAUCACCACACAUCAGUCAGUAUUUUCACUGGCUACACCUGUUUGUUUUUCUGUCAGCUCAUGGGUCAAUACACUCACAAUGUUUGCUUACCCGUACCGUCAUACUUUGUACCCCGAAAGAGAUCAAUGUCAGUGUCUUCUGUACUCAGCAUAAAACAGAAUAGAAUAAUAAAGCUUAAAUUAUUCCUUUAUAUACCAUUAAAUGAAUGUUUAUAUGUUUAUACUUAUACUUGUACACGCUGUACCUUUAAAUGAGGUUUCUUUCUUCUUUUUUUUCUUUCAUUAUUUGAUCAAUAAAUCUUCAUCUCUGCAUUUAGCUUUCACUGGUGAGUUCCAACCAUUCUGCCAAUCUUGUCAAACUAAAAGACACUUUUUAGGAAUCACUUGAAUAUUGUAUACUAUUCAAAAGCAUAUUUUUAUUUUGGCGAACUGAAUGUGUAUUUUAACCAACCAUAAGCAGGUGCACUCAGUUUUCACUGUUCAACUGUUCUACAGAAGAUAUAGACAUGAGAAAAUGUGUGAUGCAAGUGCACUGUGUGUAUUUAAUACCACACUGAUGAGAGCUGAUAAUACAGUUUUUCCCUGUCUGAGUAACUGCAAGUGCACCACAUAGUCUUCUCCGUGCUGGAUUGCAUUAAUUUGGCCACUCGUGCUGCACGAUGCAAUCCUAUUAAGAUUUAUUGAUCAAUGAAUUUUCAAAAUGUAAAAUGUCAGAAAUGUGAGGUUUGCAAGAGAAAUAUGACACCAUGUGACUAUAGUUUGUGGUUUAAAACACACUCUGCGUGCAGAUAGUUUGUAUCAGAUGACAGAUUGUAUCAUUAUUUCCUCAAAGCACAGAGUUGCGAAACAGUUGUUGAAAUACGUUGGUUUGAAACAACAUGUCUUAACAUCCUGCCCAAACAGCAAAAGGAUGUGCACAAAGUUGACUGCUUGAAGUGACUAACGCCGACACUCUUUAGUGAAUACUGGAGGAAGAAAAAAGGCUUUAAAGUGUCUCCAUUCAGAGCUGGACAGAUAUGAACGCGUCUCCAGAUGUCGAAGGCAGGCCUCGAAGACCUGUGGUCAUUUCAUCACUUGUUGUGGUGAAUAUUAUUUGGUGGAUGGUUAUGAUUGCAGCCAUUGGUUUCGGGGCCACACAUCUGAGCCGAUGUCCAGUACAACCCAAAAUCCCCAUUUACCUGAUAGUGCUGGGAGCAACCAGCCUCCUCUCUCUGUCUCUGACCUACACCAAAACCACCUGGGGGGACGGCAUGGGGUUCUUCAUGUGCACGUCCUGCACGGCCUUCCUACACCUCUUCAGUUUCGGCUGGUUCAUUGCAGGCAAUACCUGGGUUUAUCCUGUCUAUCCUCCCGACUACACACCUGGAACACCGCGAUACUGCCAUAAGACAACCUACAUGUUUGCCUUCAUUGUCACCACCCUGGUGUGGGUCCUUUCAACUCUCAUGUUCGUCUGUGGAUGUUGCUUCGCUCUUGUGACCUGCUGUAAGACUGUAGUUGCAGGACGCAGAUUGAUACGCAACAGCGAUAGAUACUAUGGUGCAACAACAAGUGAAGACUCCACUGCUGGUGAUGUGUGAUUUACAUUUUUGUUCAAAUGUCUAAGGAAUUUAAAUUGAGUUUGACAGGAGUGAAACUUUUCCCAAAUUGUGACAGUAGUGAUUCUGCUCCUGAUGCUGAGGGUUAUUUUUAUUUUUUUGUGCGUUUUUUUUUUUUACAGAUGUAGAGUUGUACUGUGGGUAUUAAAGUUGUGGGCAGCUACAAGUAAAAGUAUUUAAACAACAGCUCUCAAAGGAAGAUUUGGCUUUCUGCAAUCUUCCUGUAAACGCUUGAAGAAAGGUGUCUCACUUCACUUGAGACUUAAGUAAAAUUUUUGCAACAUUUCAAUACGUUGGUUUAUACUGGACACAAGGUGCUGAGCUGAGGCAGCUCUGUUGCACCUGAUUCAACUGUUAUCAGGCCAUUAAAUAGGUGUCAUCAGUCACUAUAAGCACCAUAGAUGUGGGUCAUGUUGUGACGAGGUAGAUGUGGCCUACUACACCUACUACGUUGUAAAAGUGAAACUUAAAAGCAACGCAUUCUAACAUGUUGUAAAACUGAAUGAAACGUCACGUUUUGAGCACAAACAAAAAUGCUUCUUUAGUAUUAGGCAACAAAACUACAACUUCUUUAGGAUUAGGCAACCAAACUACAACUUCUUUAGGUUUAGGCAACAAAAAACACUUGGUUAAGUUCAGUUUUGGAUAAAAAUAACUACGGACGCAAACACAACUACAUAUUGUUGGUUUCACACAGGAUGCGAACUACAGCGCCUGACUUCCGCGUCUGCUGUUAUCAUAAUUACUACGGUCGCUAGAGGUCGCUGUUGUGUUAUUUUAUAUCAUCUUUCGGUGAUUUACCAUGUGAAUAGAUGAUAAAACCUACUAGUGGGUGUAGUAGGCCCCUAUUGACCCACAUCUAUGGGGCUUAUAGCGACUGAUAACGUCUAUUUAAUAGCCUGACAACAGUCUAAUGAAUCUGUCCAGCUUAAUUUAACAUUAGUCACUCUCCACAGGGUGUGUUGUCAAAUUUAAGAACAGCAUUGUCACAUCAUGUACUUCCUGUUGACACCAACAGUUAACAUUUGAGCUGACAGAAGAGAUGUUGUUAGAUAAUCAGGUGGCAGCUAAUACUGAUUCAGCAUUGAGAUAGAGAAUAAAUUGUUAUUGGUAGUGUGGUUUUAUAUUCUCCUCUGUUAUGUGUGUUAGUUGUUUGUUUUUUUUUUGCAGUGGAAUAACUUGUCUUGAUUACACCACUCAAUGUGGUAUUAUUACAAUGAAUUGUGCAGUAUUGCUUGAAAAUAAAAGUUUGAUAUAU